AUGCUCCCCCACCCCUCAGGCUCCCUCCCCGUCCUCCUGCUUUUCCUCCUCCCCAGUGUCCCGAUGGAGCCCCACCCCCCACCCUCACCCCUGCCCCCAUUUCCAGCCCCUGAGUGGGACCUCUUGUCCCCCCGGGUGGCCCUGUCCAGGGGUACUCCCACGGGGCCCCCUCUGCUCUUUCUGCUGGAGUCUGGGGCCUUUGGGGAGCCAGCUGGCAGCCCAGCUAACCGCAGCCGGCGAGGGGUGAGCGAGACAGCACCAGCCAGUCGCCGUGGAGAGCUGGCCGUGUGUGACGCAGUCAGCGGCUGGGUGACAGACCGCCGGACUGCUGUGGACCUGCGUGGGCGCGAGGUGGAGGUGCUGGGCGAGGUGCCAGCGGCUGGUGGCAGUCCCCUGCGCCAGUACUUCUUUGAAACCCGCUGCAAGGCUGCCAGUGCUGGGGAAGGUGGCCCUGGUGGGGGUGGAGGAGGCUGCCGGGGUGUGGACCGGAGGCACUGGGUGUCUGAGUGUAAGGCCAAGCAGUCCUAUGUGCGGGCAUUGACCACAGAUGCCCAGGGCCGUGUGGGCUGGCGAUGGAUUCGAAUUGACACCGCCUGUGUCUGCACGCUCCUCAGCCGGACUGGCCGGGCCUGA